AGCAGCAGCAGCAGCAGCAGCAGCAGCAGCAGCAGCAGCAGCAGCAGCAGCGCACACAGCAGCAGCAGCAGCAGCAGCAGCAGCAGCAGCAGCAGCAGCAGCAGCAGCAGCAGCAGCAGCAGCAGCAGCAGCAGCAGCAGCAGCAGCAGCAGCAGCAGCAGCAGCAGCAGCAGCAGCAGCAGCAGCAGCAGCAGCAGCAGCAGCAGCAGCAGCAGCAGCAGCAGCAGCAGCAGCAGCAGCAGCAGCAGCAGCAGCAGCAGCAGCAGCAGCAGCAGCAGCAGCAGCAGCAGCAGCAGCAGCAGCAGCAGCAGCAGCAGCAGCAGCAGCAGCAGCAGCAGCAGCAGCAGCAGCAGCAGCAGCAGCAGCAGCAGCAGCAGCAGCAGCAGCAGCAGCAGCAGCAGCAGCAGCAGCAGCAGCAGCAGCAGCAGCAGCAGCAGCAGCAGCAGCAGCAGCAGCAGCAGCAGCAGCAGCAGCAGCAGCAGCAGCAGCAGCAGCAGCAGCAGCAGCAGCAGCAGCAGCAGCAGCAGCAGCAGCAGCAGCAGCAGCAGCAGCAGCAGCAGCAGCAGCAGCAGCAGCAGCAGCAGCAGCAGCAGCAGCAGCAGCAGCAGCAGCAGCAGCAGCAGCAGCAGCAGCAGCAGCAGCAGCAGCAGCAGCAGCAGCAGCAGCAGCAGCAGCAGCAGCAGCAGCAGCAGCAGCAGCAGCAGCAGCAGCAGCAGCAGCAGCAGCAGCAGCAGCAGCAGCAGCAGCAGCAGCAGCAGCAGCAGCAGCAGCAGCAGCAGCAGCAGCAGCAGCAGCAGCAGCAGCAGCAGCAGCAGCAGCAGCAGCAGCAGCAGCAGCAGCAGCAGCAGCAGCAGCAGCAGCAGCAGCAGCAGCAGCAGCAGCAGCAGCAGCAGCAGCAGCAGCAGCAGCAGCAGCAGCAGCAGCAGCAGCAGCAGCAGCAGCAGCAGCAGCAGCAGCAGCAGCAGCAGCAGCAGCAGCAGCAGCAGCAGCAGCAGCAGCAGCAGCAGCAGCAGCAGCAGCAGCAGCAGCAGCAGCAGCAGCAGCAGCAGCAGCAGCAGCAGCAGCAGCAGCAGCAGCAGCAGCAGCAGCAGCAGCAGCAGCAGCAGCAGCAGCAGCAGCAGCAGCAGCAGCAGCAGCAGCAGCAGCAGCAGCAGCAGCAGCAGCAGCAGCAGCAGCAGCAGCAGCAGCAGCAGCAGCAGCAGCAGCAGCAGCAGCAGCAGCAGCAGCAGCAGCAGCAGCAGCAGCAGCAGCAGCAGCAGCAGCAGCAGCAGCAGCAGCAGCAGCAGCAGCAGCAGCAGCAGCAGCAGCAGCAGCAGCAGCAGCAGCAGCAGCAGCAGCAGCAGCAGCAGCAGCAGCAGCAGCAGCAGCAGCAGCAGCAGCAGCAGCAGCAGCAGCAGCAGCAGCAGCAGCAGCAGCAGCAGCAGCAGCAGCAGCAGCAGCAGCAGCAGCAGCAGCAGCAGCAGCAGCAGCAGCAGCAGCAGCAGCAGCAGCAGCAGCAGCAGCAGCAGCAGCAGCAGCAGCAGCAGCAGCAGCAGCAGCAGCAGCAGCAGCAGCAGCAGCAGCAGCAGCAGCAGCAGCAGCAGCAGCAGCAGCAGCAGCAGCAGCAGCAGCAGCAGCAGCAUCGUAGCGCCGCGUACUCUCGAUACAUGUGUUUACUCUUCGGACGUUUUGCAGCAGCUUAAGGAGGACGUGGUGGAUGGCCCCGCUAGGGCAUGGGCCAGAGCUUUUCUGGCCCUGAACAUCAAGGGGGCCUUCGACAACCUGAUUCUUCACAAUCUGGCUCUUCCCAGUGCGUCGCACGCACCUACGGUGACGUGA